AUUAUACUACUUAAAUUCAUUAAUUAAAUCAACUAUACUACUAGUAAUUUAUUUAUAUAUAAGCAGCAUUGAACCAGCGUGAACGAGAUAGUUGUAACAAUUUUCAUUUUCAACAAUGGCUUCUUCACUUUCAGUUUCUAAGAUCACAACACCAAACACAAACAGCGCUUCUUUACCAGAAUCUCUUCGAUCCAGAUCCAUCAAAACAUGCUUCUUACCUUUCAACAAUACAAAUCAUUUCAAAACUAAUCUCUCUGCUUCUUCUUUAACAACAACUCGUGAAAACCGUUUUGUAACUUCUUUGAGGAUUAGAUGCUCCCAAACAGAUGGAAAUGGAGUUCCUGCAAAGAGGACGGUACUUCAUGAUCUUUACGAGAAACAAGGACAGAGUCCAUGGUAUGAUAAUCUCUGCCGACCCGUUACAGAUCUGAUUCCUCUUAUUGAAAGUGGUGUUCGAGGCGUCACCAGCAAUCCAGCGAUCUUUCAGAAAGCUAUUUCAUCUUCAAGUGCUUACAAUGAUCAAUUCAGGGAACUUGUGCAAGCAGGGAAAGACAUUGACAGUGCAUACUGGGAACUUGUAGUGAAGGACAUUCAAGAUGCUUGCAAACUAUUUGAAUCAAUAUAUGAUCAAACUGAUGGAGGUGAUGGCUAUGUUUCUGUUGAAGUAUCUCCUAGGCUUGCUGAGGAUACUGAAGGAACCAUAGAAGCUGCAAAAUGGCUUCAUAAAGUGGUUUCUCGCCCCAAUGUGUAUAUUAAGAUUCCAGCUACCGCUGCAUGUGUCCCUUCAAUUAAGGAAGUUAUUGCCAAUGGAAUAAGUGUGAAUGUGACUCUGAUAUUCUCCCUUGAAAGAUAUGAAGCUGUAAUUGAUGCUUACUUGGACGGUCUGGAGGCAUCUGGGUUAAAUGACCUCUCUAGAGUCACAAGUGUUGCCUCGUUCUUUGUCAGUCGAGUGGACACUCUCAUUGAUAAGAUGCUUGAGAAAAUUGGCACCCCAGAAGCCCUUGAUCUACGCGGCAAGGCAGCAGUAGCCCAAGCAGCCCUGGCUUACCAGCUUUACCAAAGGAAAUUUUCUGGCCCAAGGUGGGAAGCUCUAGUUAAAAAAGGGGCCAAGAAGCAAAGGCUCCUGUGGGCUUCGACCAGUGUUAAGAAUCCUGCCUAUCCUGACACCUUAUAUGUUGCUCCUCUUAUUGGACCCGACACCGUAUCUACCAUGCCAGACCAAGCCCUUCAAGCAUUUAUCGAUCACGGUGCUGUAGCCAGGACAAUAGACUCAAAUGCAUCUGAAGCUGAAGGAAUAUACAAUGCUAUCCAAAAGUUGGGUAUUGAUUGGAGCUAUGUUGGUUCACAGCUUGAAUUGGAAGGAGUUGAUUCAUUCAAAAAAGCCUUUGACAGCCUCCUGGAUUCACUGCAGGAGAAGGCAAAAUCUCUGAAGUUGGUCAGUAAGUGAGGUGUGAACUUUAUGGUUAACUAUUGCUAUGUAAUGUAUGAUGCCGCUUACAGGUUAAUAAAAGACAGUGGCUAAGAGGUUGUGAUGUGUGCUGCUGUAAUGUGCUUCAUAGAAUGAUAAAUCAUCUGUGAUAGUGAUACAUUGUUAGUUGGAAAUUCUUGGCUUCUAGUUUAAGUUUUUUUUUUGUUUCUUUCCAUGUAAUAUGUAUGCUGUUUUUUAGGGAAACAAAUUCCCUGCAAUAAUUGCUUCGUGCAAUUUUAGAUCUCGACUGUCUGAUCUAAAUCAAUGGCAGAGGUUGUUUAAACUAAUUUUGUUUUUGUGUAAUCAUAGUAGUUCGAUGUCAAGUUAACGUGUAAGAGCAUCUCUUACUGCAUGGAAGCCAAAUCUGAUGUCAUUUUAUGUUUAAAA